AUGGUCACCUUCGCCAGCCUUUUCCAUCUUCUUCCUCUUCUCUCACUAUCGGCGACAGCAAUCUCUCAACCUAUCCUUAACGAUGCUGUCUUCAAUGCCGCAAGCACCCACACGGUAUACCAAUACCCUCUGGGAACCUGGGUCGAAAACAUCGCCGUUCGCCACAACGGGAACCUCCUCGUAACCUUCACACAGCCCACACCAUCCCUCCACGAAAUCAACCCAUCCCACCCACCCAACACAACGGCCGAUCCGGCAGCCACCCUCGUCCACAACUUCACCAACCACACCCAACUCACAGGCAUCACCGAGCUCGCCCCGGACGUCUUCGCCGUCAUCGCCGACAACUCCGUCUACCGCGUCGACCUCACCACCAACGGCACCGCCAUCACGCUCAUCGCCAACCUCCCCACCGCCGGCCUCCUGAACGGCAUGGCCACGCUGCCCGCCAGCACCACCACCACCACGUCGUCCACUCCUUCCCUCCUCAUCUCCGACUCCGAGCUCGGCCUGAUCUGGCGCCUCGACCCGCGCACCGGCGCCCACGCCGUCUUCUUCCAGCACAACGCGACCAUGUCGCCGACGACCGACCUCGGCCUGCUGCUCGGCAUCAACGGCCUGCGCUACGUUCCUCCUUCCUCCUCUUCCUCCUCCUCUUCUCCCUCCCCAUUCGGCUACGCCUACUACGUCAACUCCCCCCGCCGCCUCUUCUGCCGCGUGCCCGUCGACCCGGCCACCGCGAAGCCCGCCGGCGACGCCGAGGUCGUGGCGCGGGGCCACUUGGCGGACGAUUUCGCGGUGAGGCGGGAAGGACGGGAUGGCGAGAUUGUGGGAUACCUGGCUGGGCUGAACGACAACGUCAUUACGCGGGUGGAGGAGAGCGGGCGCAGUGCCGUUGUUGCGGGCGGAUUGAACAGCACGACUGUUGCUGGGGCGUCGUCGGCGGCGUUUGGGAGGACGGAGGGGGUGUGGAAGGAUACGUUGUUCGUGACGACGGGGGGUGCGAGUGCGGCGCCGGUGAAUGGGACGUUUGUGGAGGGUGGGAAGGUUGUUGCGGUGAGGUUGGGGUACUGA